UGUCAAAAUUUGUACAUAUCGAUUUGGAUGAAUUUUGAAAAAGAAAUUCGGCGUUUAUUUAAUAUGAUUUGAUAAUAAUAUUAAUUUGUUCUAAUAAACUAAGUAAAUUUCUGUAACCAUGAAUUUUUUUACUGCACAGUGUUUUAUGUUUUUAACAGUUCUCAUUGUUGUUUCUUCAUCUAGAGUCUUAGAGUUAAGUGACAAAUUCGUCGAUAUAAGUAAUGAAGGCAUGUGGUUUGUGAAAUUCUAUGCACCGUGGUGUGCUCACUGUCGCAGAAUAGAGCCAAUAUGGGCUCAUGUAGCUCAAUCACUCUACAACACUCCUGUCAAGGUAGCAAAGGUUGAUUGCACUAGAUUUACUGCUGUUGCUGCUCAUUUCAAAGUUAGAGCAUAUCCUACCAUUAUUUUCAUUAAAGGUCCCUACCAUCAUGAGUAUGUUGGAGAGAGAAUUAAAGAAGAAAUGGUGAACUAUGCUCUUCGCAUGUCUCAGCCUGCAGUCCAAAGAGUAUCACAAGCUGACAGUCUUGGUUAUUUAAAAGAGACACAUCCAGUCUUCUUUGGAUAUCUUGGGAAACAAAAAGGACCUUUAUGGGAAAUGUUUACACUUCAUGCUGAAAAGUAUCAGCCACAUACAUGGUUUUAUGCCAUGUCACACGAAUUGCUGAAAAAUGAUGUGAAGAUUCCUAAUGAAACUGCUGUUUUUGUAUAUAAAGAAGAUGAUGCUUACUUCUUUGAAGCUGAUCCAACUGUUUUUGAAGAUAGAGAGGCCUUAAAUGUAACACUAGACAAAUGGAUUAAUUCAGAGAGGUUUGGUUUAUUCCCCAAAGUUACUAGAUCAAAUAUAAAUGAACUUAUGAAUAUAGAAAAGUAUAUUGUAAUAGCCAUUGUAUCUGAAAACAAACUCAAUGAAAUCACUCAAACUGAAAGAGACUUUAAAGAUAUGAUUGAAAGCAUCAUCAGGAAAAGAAAACGAGACCUUCAUGACAAGUUUCAGUUUGGAUGGAUGGGAACUCCAGAUAUAGCAAAUUCAAUAGCUAUGUCAGAAUUAACAGUACCUCAUUUAUUGGUUUUGAACGCCACUACUGGCCAUCACCAUAUGCCUGAUGAUGAUCCAGUCCUCAUGACACCAGAAGCAGUAUCCAUCUUCCUAGACCAAGUACAUAACCAGAUGGCACCGACUUAUGGAGGUAACAGUUGGCCUGUACGAAUGUAUAGAAGUUUUUAUGAAGCACGGACCACAUUGACAAAUAUGUGGCGUGGGAACCCAGUACUUACUGCACUUGUCUUUGGAUUACCUCUCGGAUUCUUAUCUCUUAUAUGCUAUUCAGUCUGCUGUUCUGAUAUACUUGAUGCAGAAGAAGAAGAAACUCAAGAAACUCAUGAAAAGAAGGACUAAUAGGCAGAUCUACGUUUUUGUUACAGCAUUGGAAAUAGGACGCGAAAACAACGAAAUAGUAGUUUACUUUUCAAAUAUUAUACGCGUAACUCUCGCUAUGGUUCUUAAAUUAUUUCAAUCAUGAUCUCUCACACGAUUUAAAUUUGUAACUUGAAGCGACGUAUGAA